CAUCAAACAUCUAUUACAAUCAUCGACACCCACGCCGACUCGACAUCAACAAAGCUCCAUUGAAGGAUAACAUCAUUAGUCUUCAACGCAACCAAGACCAAAACCGUCGUCCACCUUAUCGACAUUUUCGAUCAUCAUGUCUAACAUGCCCGACCAACGGAGAGGUCCCUGGUCAGCAGGGGAGGAUCAGCGACUCAUCAAGUUGGUCAAGGACCUAGGACCGGGAAACUGGGUCAACGUCGCCCGCAUUCUCGGAACCAGAACCCCCAAGCAGUGCCGAGAGCGAUGGCACCAAAACCUGAAGCCAGGGCUGAACCACGGACCUAUGACACAGGAAGAGGCCGCUAUCAUCGUUAGAGAGGUAGAUCUGAAGGGGCCUCGCUGGGCAGACAUUGCCAGGAAGCUCCAGGGCCGCAGCGACAACGCAGUCAAGAACUAUUGGAACGGCCUCAACAACCGCAAAAAGAACCAGCUUAGGAGACAGAGUGCACCAAGACGCGUUUCUGCCUCCGAUGUUCUAAGAAGCAGCCCCGGUCAACCGCCGAGAGCGCACAUGCAGCGCCCCAUCAGAUACCCUCAGGACAUCUACACGGGAUCUAGGAGGCCAUCCAGUCCCAGUAGCUUCAACGACAGCCUUCAUCACCGCGUCCAUGAGUCCAUCGAGUGGUUCCCUUCUAGGCCACAGCAGCAGCAACAGCAACAGCAACAGGCUCGAUGCACUACACCCUUCACAUCUUUUUUCCCUCCAUCACAUGCCUUCCCCACUACCGAUGGAUAUCAAGAUGGAAGCGAUUGCCCAAAUGGAAACACUCUGCGGCUCUUGACACCACCCACAUCAAGGCGACUUGCCCCAUUCAGCACCUUGCCCUCUCCUACUACCUCAUCCAUCGGAGACUUGGAUGAGUUUGAUCGCCGACAGCUAGCAGCAUUCGCAGCACCUGCGGCCUACCGUCGUCCCAGUCUUCCUUUCCCUCAGCAAUCAUCAAUGGGAUACUUCCCUUCUGCCACCGAGUACCUUCCCACGGCACCUAGCUCGCCUAUUGCCUUGAUCCAACGAGACGAGAAAAACCAUGCCAGGAUCCCUGUCACAAGCCUCUUGUGCUCUUGAACAGGUGGAACAAAAUACCAACUAUCUCUCACCUACGAAGAUGAUAAUAACCCGAAAGCCGAAGGCUAGCGGGGGCGUGUCGAACUGGUCAUAAUCACAUAUGAUCAGAACAGCGUACAGCAUCAAUCCUGAGCUUGGUGAAAUCACCACACUCAUCUUGUCCUAUCAAAAUAAAGGGACUGCAACUAUCUUAUAGCGUAAUCAAAAGCAGACAGAAGGAACCGAAAAUUGGGUUGGGCAUGGCGGAUGGAUAGAAAUACGUUAUUCACGCCCCGCACUACCUACAAUCAAGUAGUCAGUCGGUGGUUUUUUGUUCUUCUUUCCUCUUUUCUUGUAUCAAGGGUCGGAUGGCCUGAAGAGCGGAUGGGCAGACGGAAGAGGUCUUUUUUUUUUUACUGUUGAGAUACCCCCCACAUCAGCAGAUGCUUUGCGGCACGCUGUUAUCCAAAAAUCAAAGAAAAAUUAAUCGG